UUGUAUGCGUUUGCGACGGUACUUGAAUGUUCAUGUUGGUAAUGAACUGUCAUUGGACCCAUUGAUCCUGUACUUAGCGAAACCUCACGGCCAUGCGAGGAGUAAUGUCUUGGGCUGACCAUGGUGACACUGGACGGAAAUACGCUCAGAGAUUCACCAGAGAAAUGUUUGCGCUCGUUCUCCUCUUCCUGAAUGCCGUGACCCUGACCUUGGGUCUAGACAACGGCCUGGCCUUGACCCCUCCCAUGGGCUGGUUGGACUGGGAGAGAUUCCGGUGUAAUAUUGACUGUGUUAAUGACCCUGAGAACUGUAUCGGGGAGUUGUUGUUCAAACAGACAGCAGACAGGAUGGCGUCUGACGGCUGGCUGAAUGCAGGGUACGAGUACCUCAUUGUGGACGACUGCUGGGAGGCUGAGAGUCGCGACAGUGACGGACGUCUCUACGCCGAUCCGACACGUUUCCCCGGUGGGAUGAAGGCGCUAGCAGAUUACGUUCAUUUGAAAGGCUUAAAGUUCGGCGUCCACCAGGACUUCGGUCACGAGACAUGUAGCCAUUACCCAGGGGGCGAGUUCUACCUUCAGACAGACGCUCAGACCUUUGCGGACUGGGGCGUAGACUUUGUGAAGAUGGACGGGUGCAACUCUGACCUCGGCGACAUGGACUACGGUUAUCCUGCUUUUGGGAUGUUUUUGAACAAAACCGGCCGACCUAUGAUCUACUCCUGUGAAUGGCCGUUUUAUCAAUCAGUGAAACACUUCAAGAUUCCUGACUACGCAGCAGUCCGCCGCACGUGCAACACGUGGAGAACCAACAAGGACAUCCAGGACAGCUGGGACAGUCUGCUGCAGACCAUACAGUUCCAGGACCAGGACCAGGGCAACUUCAGCCAGUACGCGGGGCCUGGAGGCUGGAACGACCCGGACAUGCUGAUUCUGGGGAACUUCGGGUUGAGUCCCGACAUGGAGAGGACACAGAUGGCGAUGUGGGGAAUACUGGCGGCACCACUCCUCAUGUCCACGGAUCUCCGGAACAUUCGGAACAGCUCGAAGGCUCUUCUACAAAACAGGAGGCUGAUCGCCAUCAACCAGGACAAGCUGGGAGUCCAGGGAAAGAAGAUCAUGACGGUUGGUCCUGUCGACGUGUGGACACGUCCCCUCCUCCCUACCGGUAGUGUGGGUAUUGUCUUCUUCCACAGUGACGUCCUGACCCAUGGCUUCCAUUACCCCAGGAUUACCACCGUCCAGGCCCGGGCCCUAGGGCUCACAGCGUCCCAGGGCUACAACUUGGUGGACCCCUUCGAUGGCAGCUCUAAAGGCACGGUUAAACCAUCAGACAGCAUCAAAGUCAGAGUGAACCCUACCGGUGUCAUUAUGUAUGUUGCUACACCAGCCUCGUGAAGUUAAAGGAAUCCAUCGAGCGAUGCCCAAAGGCUGCAAGACUUAAAGUAACACGUGACAUCACAAUUGAACUCCCUAUAUGAACACCAAACCAAUGUUAUUACAACCAAUGCAAAACCCUGAUUGAACAAGGACGUAUGGGUUGGCUCCAAGGACGUUUAAAACGUCACAUUAAGCCUCCUUUGGGGGAUUAAGCAGCGCUUGAAAUGAGCACUCGAUGGCUACCUUUAUCCCUUUCCGAAUAUGUACACGAUGUGUUAAUGUUGUUGUUUUUUGUAUCCAGGUGAUUAAAAACAUAUAAUUACUUGACUAUGCCUAUUCUGAUCAUAUGCCCAUAUUGGCGCAGUGAUUGUACCGUGUGAUAGUCAUCCCAGCCAUGAAAUUUUGCUCAGUCUUCAUAAAUAAAAUAUCCCCCAAAAAUUCAUGAUCCCUAACUUUAUUGGUUCAGCGUAGAUGCCAUAAUGGAAUGGCGAUAUGACACACUGGAUAAUCGAGGCUGUGCUAUACUUAGCAAUGUAUUUGCUUUGCCACGUACAUCUGCAAAGUCUGAACAUGCCUAAUGCUAAACAGAAUUGUAAGCCCCUCGUGAGGGAGUGAAUAAGUGUUGUUUCGAGCCGGGAAUGAUAACAAAUACUAAAGAUAAACCGGUGACUGAUAGUAUGAGCAGCGAUCCACGUCACAGGGCACGAUGACAGCAGUCAACCAAAUCACCAUGAUGUUAAUCCUUCUUCCAUAGAUGAGUUUAUCUGUUCCUGUGUGUAUUCUUGUAUUGAUAUAUGAAAAUAAAAUGUGACACGUUG